AUGUCGGAACCUACGAAACCAAAACUGAAAAUUUCAUUCGGGGCGAAAAAGUCUGAACCGCCACCAGAAGAUGCACCAAAACCAGCUGCCCCUCAGAAAAAGCUCACGCUCAAAUUCGGUGGUCCUAAAGCAUCAGAGGAACCAGCCCCUGCUGCUGUCGACGCAGUUGCAACAAAACCAAAGAAAAAACGACCUGCGAAACCAAAGACAGACGUAGGGCCAUCAAAGAAACGACGCAACGAUGCAGGAUCUGGCGACGAGUCGGACGCGGCACCACCUCCAGCGCCAGCACCACCCACGGGCAUUAAACGCAUCAAACUGCUAAACACCGCGAAAGAAUCUGCUGUGAAAUCCAUCAAGAUCAAGAACAAACGCAAAGUAGCAAUUCGUCCGCUGGGCGUCGGCUAUGAUUCGGAAGCGUCUGAUCUGGAAGUCGAUCCACAUAUCGAGGAGGAUUUCAUCUUGCGCAUGUUACCAGGGGAUGAUUGCGAGUAUAUUCGGCAAGCCAUUAAUGAGCGAACUCUUGAUCGAUCACAAAUCGGGAUCAAACCACUUACACGCGAAGGGAGACGGGCGAUUGUUAGGGUUCGCGAGAAACAGUAUGCGGCUACACUGGUAGACCUUCCUUGUAUUGUGGAAGGGAUGAAGAGCUGGGACAAACGCAUGUUUUUCAAGUCGGUCGAUAUCACGCAGAUGUUGUUGGUCUUGGGACCGGUGCAGAAUGAGCAGGAAGCACUGGAGUAUCCCCUGCCGAAGGAUGUGGAAGUGUUGGACGACAAGACUUAUCAAUACGCACAUGGUGUCACGCCACCGAUGAAAUAUGUGAGGAAAAGACGGUUCCGCAAGCGAGUCAGUGCGCGUACUAUUGAGCAGGCCGAAAAGGAAGUUGCAAAUCUGCUAGCGCAGGAUGAGGCUGCUGUACGCGCACCAAGAUUUGAGCUUGUUGACGCCACCUCUCUUUCGCGUGCCGAGGGUGUGGUCGAUUACGAGGACGAAUAUGACGACGAGCAGGACGCUUAUGGCGAGGCUGAUUACGAUAUGCAAGACGAAGAUGACGGCCAGACAGAUCUCUUUGAGGACGAACUCGCCGCAGAUCUAGAAGCAGCGCUGGCUGCAGGCGCCGACGAGAGACCCGACGUGGCAGAGACACCGGCUGCACGGGCGCCAGAAGAAGCCGCCACGCCAUCGGGAGCAAAACAAGGCGACGAGUCUUCGGGCGACGAAAGUGAAGAAAGUGAUCGUGACGGUGACGGUGAAGCCGAUGGAGAGGAUGAAGAGGACAUGGACGAGGAAGCUUUGGAACGACGUCGUGAGAUCCAGGAACAGCGCGAAUUCAUUACCGAGUUGGAAGGCCUGAUUGCACAAGAGACUGCCAAAUACGAGAUGCAGACAAACAAGAUUCUCAAACAAAAGAUUGGCAGACGUGUGCAGCAGUUGAAGCAGGAUUUGGCCUUGAAAAAGUCAUCUAUUGGCGAGACCGAAGGAGAAGGUGCUUAA